AUAGAUGAGGCACAUGAGAUCCGAAAUGUUAGUACAAAGAAAGCUCAGGCUGCCUUUGCUGUGAAUGCGGAGCACAGAUGGUGCUUGACCGGAACACCGGUGCAAAACAGAAUAUCUGAUCUUUUUUCCUUGUUCCAUUUCCUUCGCAUUAAGAAUUUCUCCAAUGCCCAGUGGUUCAAGAGCAAUAUAGAGUACCCAGUCACGAAGAAUGAUAAGAAG